CCGGCCCUAGCAACACAAUCAUAUCCACCAUUUCAAACGAUCCUCUCUCUUCCUCCAAGACAGUAAAGCUAGUCCAAUGUGCAAAUUUCGAGUGUUCUUCAUCUCCACUCCUGCAAUUGGAAACCUUGUUCCCAUCGUUGAAUUUGCCCAGCGUUUGGUUCAUCAUGACCCUAGAUUCUCUGCCACCAUACUCAUCAUCUCUUUAUCCCAAAGACCCAUCGUCAACUCCUACAUCCAAUCACGUUCCUCCACAUACUCCAAUAUCAAUUUCAUCCACCUUCCUCCUGUAGACUCUCCUUCCCCCGAUCAGUACCAGUCGGCAGUCGGUUACAUCUCACUCGUCAGCCAAAAACACAGGCCACAUGUAAAGGAUGAAAUAGCUAAACUCCAACAAACCGAGUCUGACUCGGCCCGAGUUUGUGCGUUGUUCGUUGACAUGUUCACUACUGCCAUGAUCGAUGUCGCUAAUGAGCUUAACAUUCCUUGUUAUCUUUACUUUGCUUCUCCAGUUACUUUCUUGGGGCUUAUGUUACACUUGCCGGUUAUAGACGUUCAACUCGCUACUGAGUUCAUUGAGUCGGAUAAUGAGUUGAUUGUACCUAAAGAUCCUGCCACUGAGUUGAUAAUACCGGGUUUUGCCAAUCCGUUGCCUCCAAAAGUGCUGCCUACUUCAGUUCUGAAAAGGAGAAGUGAUGGAUAUUCUUGGUUUUUAUACCAUACACGCAGGUAUGUGGAAACGAAGGGUGUGGUUGUAAAUACAUAUCGAGAACUGGAAAAGUAUGCGAUUACCUCAGUUGAAGCGACUACUACAGUGCCGAGGAUCUUCCCGGUUGGACCGGUUCUCGACCUUGCGGGUCCGAUCGAAUGGCAUCCGGAGCGGGACCAACAAGACAGAAUCAUGAAAUGGCUUAACAAUCAACCCAGGUCUUCUGUGGUGUUCUUGUGCUUCGGGAGCAUGGGCAGUCUUGGCAGAUCCCAGCUGCGAGAGAUAGCAAUUGGGCUCGAGCGAUCCGGUUUUCGGUUCUUGUGGUCCAUACGUGAACCACCCAAGGGGAAAUUGGACCUUCCUGGUGAGUACGCAAGUGUGGAGGAGAUACUUCCAGAAGGGUUUCUUAAUCGGACGGCUGAGAUUGGUUUGGUUUGUGGAUGGGUUCCGCAAGUGACCAUCUUGGCCAAUCAAGCAAUAGGCGGGUUUGUGUCGCAUUGCGGCUGGAAUUCAAUCCUUGAGAGCCUUUGGUACGGUGUACCGAUUGCCACGUGGCCUAUUUAUGCAGAGCAACAAAUGAAUGCGUUUGAAUUAGUUGCAGAGUUGGGAUUAGCCGUUGAGAUCAGAGUGGAUUAUAGAAGUGAGAGUGGUGAUAUGGUGUUAGCAGAGGAAUUGGAGAGGGGGAUAAAGAGAUUGAUGGACGGUGAUGAUGAGGUGAGGAGGAAAGUGAAGGAGAUGAGCGAAAAGAGUAGGAUGGCUGUGAUGGAAAAUGGAUCAUCAUGUGCUUCUCUAACAUCUUUGAUUGAGAAUUUAACGUCUGGGAUUUCAUAAGAUAGAGGUCCAGCAUUGUGAAAUCUAAUUUCUCCCGGUUCAAAGAAUCUUUGUACCAUUUAAAAGCACAUGAGAGAGAUUAGAAGACUACCAGAACUAAGUGACUUUAUUCCUUGGAAAGUGUACUUUUCCAAUAAAUAAUAAUAGACAUUUUCAAUUUAGUA